AUUGAGCACGGCAUCAUCACCAACUGGGACGACAUGGAGAAGAUCUGGCACCACACCUUCUACAAUGAGCUCCGCGUGGCCCCUGAGGAGCACCCCACCCUGCUCACUGAGGCCCCACUGAACCCCAAGGCCAACCGUGAGAAGAUGACGCAGAUCAUGUUUGAGACCUUCAACGUCCCCGCCAUGUAUGUGGCCAUCCAGGCCGUGCUCUCUCUCUACGCCUCCGGCCGUACCACUGGUAUUGUGCUGGACUCUGGGGAUGGCGUCACCCACAAUGUGCCCAUCUAUGAAGGCUAUGCCCUGCCCCAUGCCAUCAUGCGUCUGGACCUUGCCGGCCGCGACUUGACCGACUACCUGAUGAAGAUCCUCACCGAGCGUGGCUACUCCUUCGUCACCACAGCCGAGCGUGAGAUUGUGCGUGACAUCAAGGAGAAGCUGUGCUACGUGGCCCUGGACUUUGAGAACGAGAUGGCGACCGCUGCCUCCUCCUCCUCCCUGGAAAAGAGCUACGAGCUGCCUGAUGGCCAGGUCAUCACCAUCGGCAACGAGCGCUUCCGCUGCCCCGAGACCCUCUUCCAGCCUUCCUUCAUCGGUAUGGAGUCCGCCGGCAUCCAUGAGACCACCUACAACAGCAUCAUGAAAUGUGACAUCGACAUCAGGAAGGACCUCUAUGCCAACAACGUCAUGUCCGGCGGCACCACCAUGUACCCCGGUAUUGCUGACCGCAUGCAGAAGGAGAUCACCGCCCUGGCCCCCAGCACCAUGAAGAUCAAGAUCAUUGCCCCCCCUGAGCGCAAGUACUCCGUCUGGAUCGGCGGCUCCAUCCUGGCCUCCCUGUCCACCUUCCAGCAGAUGUGGAUCACCAAGCAGGAGUAUGACGAGGCGGGCCCCUCCAUCGUCCAUCGCAAGUGCUUCUAA